AUGCAGAAGCGACCACGCGAUUCGUCGUUGCAAUUCGCAACUUCAGGCUUUCCUUCGAAAAUCGUCAGAGAUAACUCAGAAAAAAUUCGCGAGAUGACUGCUGUAUUUGAGACUCUUCUGUUGAAGUUCGUAACGGUGCUCGAGUUAACCCAGCAAUCGGAGACCACCGCCUUACCACAGAUGAAACAGAACUUGUUACAAUCCACCAAUGAUUUCAAGGAUAGUCUCAAGCAGGCAAAAGAGGUCGCCAAUAACCUCCCGGGAGGCGAAUUGUCGGUGCAGGAGCAGGAUGAGAUUAUUGAAAUGUUGGAGAAGCUGAAGGAACGGAAAAGGCAACAAUUGGAAGCCUUUGCAGGACGUGCAAGUUCUAUGGCAGGUGCUUCAAAUACUUUCAAGUCAGACAAGAUGGAAGUCGACUCCACAGCGUCGACUCCUUCAGGUCUUCCCUUGUUUCCUUCGUUUCUCCCAUUUACCUUAGUUCUUACACUCAUCCGACGAACGUCAGGUGAAGGUGUAACGUGGCAGAGCCCUUCCGCUGGGGAUGUGUACGCGUCUGGAGACACCAUCGUCGGACAGUGGAGUGCGGCACAGUCUGUCGUAUCGCCUUCCUUCAGUCUUUGCGCUCUUCAAGCUAAGAACGUUACUGGCCCAGGAGGAGGGACUUGUGGUUCAAGGGUAUGGCCCACCGUAGACCAGAGUGAUGGGUCACCUAGGAUUUAUCUCUCUCUGCCAAACGUAUCUUCUCCUUCGCAGUUUUAUCUUCAGCUGAAAGAUGACUUUGGGAACAAGGCGGACUCGCCGUUGUUUUCUCUUAACCCUGCUUCCCCGGAUGAAAAUACCGAUGAUUCUGUCCCAGCAACCACGACAUCUCUCACUGCUGUCAGCACCGAUUCAAUUGCCAACACGAAAUCGUCUGGCGGUUCUAGUAGUAAUACCGUCUCGUCCAGCAGCACCGGCAGUCCUGUGUCAUCCAGCGGCAAGAGUGCCUCGCGCAGUGGCAAUGUCAUUUCGCAUGGCAGCAGUGUUGUCUCACCUACGGCAUCCUCACCUACUAGCUCUACCUCCGCAGUGCUUGCCUCCGACAUCAUUCCCUCCUUACCCAACUUCGACGAAGCACGCAUGCCCUCACCCACUGUCGCCUAUGCACUCCCGCUCUCCGUCGUCGUCUCUGUGCUCCUCAUCGCUGGCAUCCUCUCCGUGCACCACCGACGCAAGCUCAGGAACGAGUGCCUCCAGGAAAAACAGGCGCAAACUGCUCACGCACUUUCCCGCCAAUCGAGCGCGAGCGGAAGCACGAGCACGCGUACGCUUGUUGAUACCGCCCCGCGCCCGUACCCGCCGAGCCUGGUGGGAUGGAUCAGAAGCUCGAGCAGAAGUACGAAAACUGAGCAUGUGCCUGCGCUUACGGGCGACCGAUCUCCCUCGAUUAAGCGGCAGCCUCGACGUAUGACGCGCGAGCCGUUCUAUACGGACACUGGCCGCCGCAGGAAUCCAACUCGCGUUCCCGCGGGUGUCUUUCGCGCCGCUGUAUCCCCUGUGCCGCCCGCUCCGUCAAAGUUCGACCUGGACGACGAGCUAGAUGAGGAUCGCGACCUGAACGCGUCCGUGAACGAGUCUGUAGUCUCGCGUUACUUCCACUCGUCCCCGAUCCCUCCACCCUCACCAACACCCCCCUUCUCACCUAGCGAGGUGGUCAUCAGACCGGAGAUGGCACAUGUGCGCAGAUGCGCGGGUGCAGAAGUGAACAAGCCACUGCCUGCGAGCCCUGCAGAUGCGGAACUGUACGACGCUGUGGUGCACAAGUUGUCUAAGUUAGACGGUGCACGCGGUUAUUCAAGGCGAUGA